GGUAAAGAAUCAAAAUUGGAGGAGGGGUGAGGAUUUCAGAAUGACUGAUACUUCUGAAGCGGCUCCGAAUUUCGAAGAGAUGUUUGCCAGCCGAUUCACAGAAGAUGACCAAGAAUACCAGGAAUACCUGAAACGCCCUCCAGCGACCCCUCCGAUUGUGGAGGAUUGGAACAGCAGAGCGGGUGGGGGCCAGAGGAAUAGAGGCAAUUGGUUGCAAGACAACAGACAGUUUAGAGGUAGGGACAGCAGACGGGGGUGGCCCAGUGACAACCGAUCCAACCAAUGGCACGGACGCCCCUGGGGUAACAACUACCAGCAGCACAGACAAGAGCUGUACCACCCUCACCAGUAUGGCAAUUACGGCUACAACCAGUGGCCUCCCUACGGUUACUACUGAGAGAAACGUCAGCAGCUUUUCCUAAAACUGUUUACUUUGUUAGCAAGA